GGCAACUUCCGCGUGGUCACGUGUCACAGGGACGCGGAAGUACUGAACCGUUGUUUUGCUAACAAGUAGCUUGGCUGCUAGGAACGAUAGCCUAGAUACCACUUAUUAUAUCUGUUCUGUAACUGGUAACCAGUAAACAACACCCAUGGUCAGGAUGACCCAGAAGCACUGCCUGGAGUGCCAGGUGUACUCAGUGCCUCUCAUCCAGUCAGACCUGAGGAGAGAGGAGGCUGUCCAUCAGAUAGCAGAUGCAUUACUCUACUUGGAGACCAUCUCUACAGAUAUUUUCAGAAGGGUGGGUGACAGUGUAGAGAAGAACCGCCGCCACCUGCAGAGCGUCACUGACCGGAUCAGACUAGCUCAGGCCCGUGUUGACAAGAUCAAAGGCAGUAAGAAGGCCACCAAGGUUUUUUCCAGUGCCAAGUACCCAGCCCCAGAUCGACUUCAGGAUUACUCAUCUAUCUUUACUGAGGCUACAGACCCCUCCUCACAAACCCGCCCCCGAUACAGGAUAGUUAAUAAACUUCGACCCUUUGAUGAGAAGGCCUUGCAGGAGAAGUUGAUGUAUUUCCCAGUGUGUGUGAGCAAUAAGAAGAAGUCUGAGGAUGAGACAGAGGAGGGGCUGGGCAGUCUGCCACGCAAUAUCUCAUCUGUCAGCUCCCUGUUGCUCUUUAAUACUACAGAGAACCUAUAUAAGAAGUAUGUGUUCCUUGAUCCUCUGGCGGGAGCUGUGACAAAAACACACACCACACUAGAGACAGAAAAAGAAGAGAAGCCAUUUGAUGCACCCAUGUCCAUUACGAAGAGAGAGCAACUGGAGAGACAGACAGCAGAGUCUUAUUUCUACAUGCCAGACCUGGGCCAGGUGCCCGAGAUAGAUGUGCCAUCCUACCUGCCUGACCUGCCAGGCAUCGCAGACGACCUGUCCUACAGCGCGGACCUCGGGCCUGGCUUCGCCCCGUCAGGAUCCACACACAACAUCCCUGAGCUGCCCUCAUUCUCAGAGGAGAGCAACGCACCUGGACCUCACUUCCAACCUAAUGUUGCACCUCCUCCGCCGCCUCCCCCUCCCCCUCCCCCUCCUCCUGAGCCCACCCUCGAUCCCGCCACUCCUGCAGGAGCCCCCCCUCCUCCACCUCCCCCACCUCCUCCGCCUGUUGACAGCCCUACAGAAGUCUCACGAGCACCAAGUUCAGGCCCUGUAUCUGGUGCUCCCAGCGAGGUCGUUCAGCCGUCAAACAGCCGUGCCAGUCUCCUGGAGUCCAUCCGCAACGCAGGAGGCAUCGGCAAAGCAAAGUUACGCAACAUCAAAGAGCGCAAGAUGGAGAAGAAGAAACAGAAGGCGCAAGAGCAAGCAGCGGGAGCAGCAUCUAGUGGUGGAGACUUCAUGUGUGAUCUCUUCAAUAAACUUGCCAUGCGAAGGAAAGGCAUAUCUGGUAAGGGUCCAGCAAGUGGGGAGUCAGGUGACUCUCCAGCUGGAACCGGCAGUGCAUUUGCCAGGAUGUCAGAUGUUAUCCCACCACUUCCUGCUCCACAUUCAACAACAGACGACGAUGACUGGGAAGCAUAACGUCAUGAACGAUGAACACUUAAAGCAUUGAUAAUGAAAGCAUUUGAUGGCCUUGAAUAACUUUGUGUACAAAGGACACCCACGAAAUUUUCCCUCUAACAGAAAUUUUCAGUGUGCAUUAGCUUCAUCAUAAUAGUAAUUGCAUUGGUUUGGCCAACCGGUUCAACAAAACAUCACUAAAAACUCAAAUUAUAAAACAAUUUAUUGAGAUUUGUAUUCAUUGUAAACAUUUUCAUAAAAAGCAGAUCUUAGAACACUCACUGCAAUCAUGAACAUUUUCACUAACAUCUUUUAAAAUAAAAGUAUUUUUUUUUGCAUUACA